CUUUUCUCGGCGACAUAGGUCUCGGCUAAACGGCGAAAUGAGAAUGAAUACCACUUUCUUGUAAUUCAUAUAAUUUGUAUGUACACUGUUUACACGUCGAGUUAUACUUAGGAGUUGUGAAUGAGGAUAUGCAGAAAAUACGCAUUUUCAAAUUAAGUUUGUUUGUGUUAGCACUUGUUUGUUGCGUUGAACAAUGGGAGUCAAGCUUAUAAUUUUGCUGGGCUUGCUUAUUGGAGUUCUAUACUGUAUACAUAUACUUGUUAAGGACUACCAGGCCAUCACUGCUGCAAAAGUUUUUCGUCUGAUUUUCAAGCGAGAUUUGACAUCACCAAACUCAUAUAAAGCUCAUGUGCGUUGGGGGAAAAUUCUACAAUACGACACAAUACAAUGCACACGGUACUUGUUCUGUGACCUCGGGGCCAGUGAAAUAAAAACCCAUUUGAGAGAGGAUUUCAUCUACAUGCUUGCACUUGAGGCAAGAGAGGAAGAUGUCACUGCGUUAGAAGUAUUCAAAAACGCAUAUAACUAUGGAAAAUCCUCGCGAAAAGAGAUCAACGAACCUUGCAGAGCAAAAUAUUCAGCUUGUCCAUUCAAGGUCAACUUAUUGUACGAAUUCAUUCAAUAUUUACUAAGGAUUAGUUAGAACUUUAAAUUGUAAAUAUUCGUAGUUUAUUUUAGCUUAAAAAUGCUUUUUUUCAACCAAAUUUGAUAUGUAAUUUAAUAUUGGUUUAAAGACAGCUUGCGAAUUUCGUGCGUCUUUUUUGCAAACUAAGAAAUUACUUAAUUCAAAGUAAAGUAAAGAUUUUUUUAAAUAAAAUGACAGUAGUGUAGUGUCAUCUAAAAAAGCAGGCGAGAAAUUUUUCGAUUUAUAACAUUCAAUUCAAUUUGCACAUUAAGUUAUAAAUCCUGUAAAGCCAUUAUUUGUUGUAAAUAAAUACUAGUUACUUGGCUAAAUUUAAAUAUCUGAACAAAAUACAUAUAAUAAAUAAACAAUUUUUAUUCUUGUACCCCUCAAUAAUAUUGUUUUAUUCCAAAAGUUAAUAUUAAGAGGAAAUUAUGUUACAAAAUUGUUAUGAGGUCGUAAAUAAGUUCAUAUUAAGCAUGAUAAUAGUACCUACACCGAUAAAAGAUUUUACAGCGCUUUAAAUUUUUAUCACUGACUUUUCACGUUCAGUGCAAAAAACAAAAUAAAUCGAAUUUUUAUUACUUCAUCAAAUAUGUGCCACCCGGAUGCUUAACUAUGUAUCAUUUCACGUAAUAAGAUUGUGCUUUAUUAUUGAAACUUAAUAAAUAUAAUAGUUGUGUUAA